CAAAGCUUUCAGGCAAAUGUUUCCUUCAAGUUUAUCCAUAGACACUGGAAAUAUUGGUUAACCCAAAGAGACAAAGAUGAUAAAAGGAAACAAAGAUACACCGAGAGAGAGAGAGAAAGAUGAAGAGAGUUGGAGUUACACAGAUCAAUUAUCGACUACGAUUAGUGUGAUACAACAAUAACGACGAUUUAUUAAUCAAUUGCUGUUCCUUUUUUCCUCUUGCCCAACGGUCAACAGAAAUUUUCAAUCUCCAUGGUAACAAAAAGAUGAGAAAACUUAGUUACCUGAUGUUAUUGUUUUGUUCCAACCAAAUGGGCUCGGUUUUUCACUCAAUUUACUAACUAAACAUUUGGAAACAAUCAAAUUAUUUCAACUUUUAUCCGCUUUAAUUAUUAAUCAUGUUCGCUUUUAAUUGUUUCCUUCAUUUGGCCAUCUUGUUAUCGUUCAUUGUUUACUGCCAAUCACUUGAUUGUUAUAUUUGCUCAAGUGACAAUGAUACCGAUUGUAGUGAAAUAUUUGACAAGGAAAACACCAAAUUACAACCAGUAACUUGUGAUAUUCAUUCAGCUCAAUAUUGUAUCAAGACAACUGGUAUUUAUGAAGGCUCUGUUGGUGUACGAAGAUUUUGCUCUUCUCGUAAAUUCGAUGAUUAUUGUAAUUAUGUGAAAAGAGAGGGAGAUGUUAAACCUCAACGUAGUUGCGUCUAUUCUUGUGGCUCCGAUGGUUGUAAUCGAGGAGAAAAUUUGUCCAAUGUCAAUUUACGAUUGAUUGUGAUUAAUUUAAUCAUCGUUUUGUUUACCUUCUUAUCGUAAUCAGUCCUCUUGGAUCAAUUUCCCAAUUAUCUCAACGUAAUUGAAUUACAAGGACCAAUAAUCAUCGAUCAAAAUGUUUCUACUUAUUUGAUUAUUCUCACAACUCAACUUUUUAUAUCAACAAUGAUCAACAAUCAGCAAAACAAUUAUGAUUAAAAAUAAGCAAUAAGCGGAAA